GAAAAAAAAAACUAUAUGAUUCUUACAUGUCACGCAUAUAGAUUUAUAGUUUAAACACAUUGCAAUUUGCAAAGCUUGUCCUCUCUUCCGACAGCUGAAGUAUUGCGCGUUUCAUUCAUUCAUGUGUGCGUUCUACUCAAUCUUAACCCUUUAACCACACAUAGAUCCACCCUCAUCGCACCACAACUCAUUCGUUCAUCGAUUCGAUUCGAUUGAUAGGUAGCAGAGUUGGAAGAGGGGUAUAGAAGUAAAUUGUGUUUUUCAUCUAUGUUUGGAGGUCUUGCUGUUCCUGCUAAUAGUCCUCACUUACGCAAGUCUGGGAGUAGAGCUGUUGUCUAUGAUCAUGAUGAAUAUGAGGUGGAAAAUGGUUCUGAUGACGAUUUAUUGCAUUCUAUUGAGGCAAAUGAUUCCAGGGGUGGAACAACACCGAUGAGUGGUUCUGCAAUGACGCCCUCGCCUAUUUUGUUGUGGAGAUUCAAGGUACUAUUGUUCCUUAUUUGGGGAUGCAUCUGUUGCAAGAUCGGAUGGGAUUCGGUAAUGAGAAUGAGUGCAGACAAGCGGGAUUUAUUUCUAUAUGAAGCAUUUUUGUAUUUUAAUCCUCUUCUUCUUGCGGCUUUGAUGGUUUGGCUUUGGGGAAUCAACUUAUGGUUUUUUGCUCAGGGUGGAGUUAAUUAUGCAAAAAUAUUUGAUCUUGAUCAAAAUCAUCUGACACACAGAGAAAUAUGGAAGUGUGCCACAUGGAUGACAAUUAUUGUUCCAACCAGCAUGACAGCAUAUAUCUAUCUUUAUUCUCAUGGAGAAGUCUCAUAUGCUGCAUCACAACCAGUGCUCUUAUAUGCGGCUAUUAUGUUGGUUUUGAUAUUCCCCUUCGAUAUAUUCUAUUUUUCAUCUAGAUAUUUCUUCUUACGGACACUCUGGCGAAUAGUUUUCCCAUUACAGGCAAUAUCAUUUGCUGAUUUUUUCUUGGCUGAUAUUUUAACUUCCAUGGUAAAGGUCUUUUCUGAUAUGGAGCGCUCAGUGUGUAGAAUGGUCCACCGACAGGUUGCAACAAUUGCUUGGUUGGAAGCUGAUUCUGUUUGUGGCAGUCACUCUGUUGCAAUUCCUUUAGUUCUUGUUUUGCCUUACCUUUUUCGCUUAAACCAAUGUCUCCGGCAGUACAAAGAUACUGGAGAGAAAACUGCUCUUCUGAAUGCAUUAAAAUAUUCAACAGCAGUGCCAGUGAUUUUUCUUUCUGCUCUUAAAUAUCAUGUUUUCCCUGAAAGGUGGACAAACUUCUAUAGGCCUCUUUGGCUUCUGUCGAGUGUUGUGAACUCAUCAUAUUCUUUCUACUGGGAUGUGACUCGAGAUUGGGACCUAAGUGGCUUCACUCGAAUAUUCAAGUUCAACAAACCGAAUCUGUUCUCAUAUAUGUUGCAUGGAAGGAGAUGGGUUUACAUUUGGGUGAUUGGAAGCAAUUUGGUUUUGCGUUGCACAUGGACAUACAAGCUUUCUGCCCAUCUUCGCCACAAUUACCUUACAGUGUUCACUAUUGCUGCUUUGGAGAUUUUCCGUCGCUUCCAGUGGAUUUUUUUCCGUGUCGAAAAUGAGUGGAACAAGAUGAAUUCCAAAUCACACAUGCAGCUCUCUAUGAGUGAAAUGUCAAACGAGGAAGAGAAAUUACUUCAUUCCAAUAAUUACAAUGUAUAGGCUACAGAACAGUAUGAUGCAUGUUUCAAAUAUUUUGACGAAAGGAGAGCUCCCUUCCAUUUGCUUCACCUUGCUUAUAAAUAUGUCAUUCUUUAUUCACAAACAGAACAGCUUAUUCAAUUAUUACAAUGCUUUUCGGUGAUAUUUUGUUCUGUCCACAACAAUUGUAUUAUAUUAUGUAUCCCUUCCUUGCAAAAAUAUCUGAUAUUAAUCUGCAACAAACUUCAGUUA